GACGGUUUCCUCUCUCUCUCGCGCUCUCGCUCGCUCUGCCUCCUGCUCCGACUCUCUUUCGCUGUCAAUGUACUUGGAAACCCAGCCUUUCCCACUCGGCGAUUUUUUUUCUUUCCCACGCUGUUAAUUGUUAGGGAUCUGCCGUCGCCGGUGGUACGGACUCGUGUUUCCGGCGAUCGUCGAGCUCUCUUUUCUAUACUUACUCCAUCACCUGCAACGUCGCUCUCCGUGCUCACCACCUCCUGCCUAUCAGAAUAAGGAGGUUUACAACUAUCUUAGUAUCUGCAGUGGAAAAAAUGGCCAUGUAUAUUCGUGUCAAGCGUAGUAAGACGACUUACUUUAUCCAGUGCGAACCAACUGAGACGAUUUUAGAUAUUAAGCAGAAAUUGCAUGUCCUUAUUGAUCAACCUGUCAAUGAUCAGCGCUUGAUCCUAGCCAGUACUGGGGAAAUACUAGAGGAUUCAAAGACAUUGGCUGAUCAGAAGGUUGAAAAUGAUGCUGUUGUGGCUCUGACCUUGAGAAAAGAUGAUAAUGAGUUUGAAGAGGUCAACAUUGCACGCCCAGAUGAUUUCUACCAGUCCCGUGAUGUAGAUGGAGGCACUUGGUGAAGACAGGAACUCUGCAUUGAUAGCUAUUGAAUGGAAUUCUAUUUCUACAAUUUGUAGAUGGAAUAUUUCUUGAACGGUAUUUGGGAUCAAGUUUUCAUGUUUAUUAGUCCAUGCAACAAGGUGAAUUUUCUUGAGCUACUAUCAUAUGGUGUAAACAGGAAUUAAACUGUGAGUCUGCAUACUAACUGUAUUUUUUCUAUUUAAUGUGAAAAAAUGAAUAGUUGCUGAAA